GUCAGCCAGCCGCCGGAGCCCGGUGCACCCGGUGGGCCGGCGGGCCCCGGACUCCCUGCAGGGGGGACGCGAGGCGCUGCGCAGGGGCGGGCGGGUCCCCCCGCCGACCCCGAAUUGCGGAGCCCUGGCGGGGACGUGUCCGGCUUCCCAAGCGAGCGGCGCGCAGGCGCCCCGCAAUUGCCAGCCCCGGUGAGAUGCUCUCGGACGUGGGAAGGGGAUCGCCCUGCCUUUCCCUGCCUUCUGUUUCCUUUCCGGUCCCUCUGCACCACUUUUCCUCCAGACCCCUGGCUGGGAUUCGUUACUAUUUUUUUUACCUUGUCGCUAUUUUUUUUUUUUAAUGUUGUCCCCCCCAGGGGAACACGUUUAUAACCCGCUCUCUGUAGCUCCCGCUCCUGCAAAUAGCGUUAUUGGAACGGAGACCCGCCUGUUGAUUAUCCCCCACUCCCCUUCUCUGAGCUUCCACCCACCCUUUGCCCCCACCCCACUUCCGUUUGAUUCCAAACCUUAGGAUGGUGUUUUGGUGUCAUUAGGAGAUUAACAUCCCUGGAGCACCAGGGGAGGAGGAGUAGGAGGAGGAGGAGGGUGGAGGGGAGAGCGAGACAGCAGGCAGGAAGGUUGGCACAUUUACACGAGUGAGGCUCUCCUCCCGCCGUCUCAGCCACCCUCGGCUCCUGGGUGGUAGCGGAGGGGGCGUUUGCCGGCGCGGCGGGUUGCGGACGGCGGCUGGGGGGGUGCGCCCGGGACCCGCGCCCGCGGAGCGGAGGACUCCUGAGCGCAGCCUCCCCCUCUUUUAUGAGCAGCGAGGCGGCGGAGUGGCAGCGGGGGACACCAGGAGGAGCAUUUCUUCCCCCGGGUUUAUGAAUGGCACUGACAUGGAGGAAAUACCGUUUCAGAAAGUCAAGACCAAGAGGAAGAAGUGCUGCCACUGCUGCUGCUCCCCGCCAGCUGCUGCGGCGUCGGGAGCAGGAGCCGGGCUGGGGGACCCCCCUCCCUUGGUGCUGCUGGAUGCCAUCGCCUGCGAGGACGAGUUUGACUGCAAGGAGCUGGAAGCUCUCUUCCAGAGCUACAACCUGAAGCUGGAGCAGACGUCCACCCUCAAGGCGCUGGCCGUCCUCAUUGUGCUCACCGCCAGCCUGGCCCUGUUGGAGCUGCUCUCCGGCCCCAGCCUGACUAUCUCCAAAGGUUCGCACCCAGUGCACUGCAUCAUCUUCCUCUCCCUCUUCAUCGUCACGAAUGUCAAGUACCUGCAGGUCACUCAGCUGCAGCAGAUCGUCAAGCUCACCUUGCUCUUCAGCUUCACCUUCUCCUUCCUCUGCUGCCCCUUCUCGCUCGGCGCCUACGGCAUGGAGCCUCCCAGCGCCCCCGAGCAGGGCAUGUGGCAGCUCAUGCUGGUAACCUUCGUGUCCUACUCACUGCUGCCCGUCCGGACUCUGCUGGCCAUCGUCUUCGGGCUGGUGGUGUCCGUCUCCCACCUCAUCGUUACCGCCACCUCCGUCAGUGCCAAGAGGCAGCGGCUCUGGAGGACGCUCGUGGCCAAUGCAAUCCUUUUUGUCAGUGUAAAUUUGUAUGGGGUCUUUGUGAGGAUUUUGACAGAAAGGGCUCAGAGGAAGGCAUUCCUUCAGGCCAGGAACUGCAUUGAGGACAGGCUGAGGUUGGAGGAUGAAAAUGAAAAACAGGAACGUCUCUUGAUGAGUCUGUUGCCCAGAAACGUUGCAAUGGAAAUGAAGGAAGAUUUCCUGAAGCCUCCUGAAAGAAUUUUCCACAAGAUUUACAUUCAAAGGCAUGACAAUGUGAGCAUUUUGUUUGCAGACAUUGUGGGGUUUACUAGUUUGGCAUCACAGUGUACUGCCCAAGAACUGGUGAAGCUGCUGAAUGAGCUUUUUGGAAAAUUUGAUGAGUUAGCUACGGAAAAUCAUUGCAGAAGAAUAAAAAUCCUAGGGGACUGUUACUACUGUGUAUCAGGAUUGACCCAGCCCAAAACAGAUCAUGCCCAUUGCUGUGUUGAAAUGGGACUGGAUAUGAUUGACACCAUCACAUCUGUUGCAGAAGCCACAGAGGUUGAUCUCAACAUGAGAGUUGGAUUGCAUACAGGCAGGGUGCUUUGUGGGGUCCUGGGUCUCCGAAAAUGGCAAUAUGAUGUCUGGUCAAAUGAUGUGACUUUAGCUAAUGUAAUGGAAGCUGGAGGACUGCCUGGGAAAGUUCACAUUACAAAGACCACCUUAGAGUGCCUAAAUGGGGACUAUGAGGUAGAACCAGGAUAUGGUCAUGAAAGGAAUAGUUUCUUGAAGAAGCAUAAUAUUGAAACAUAUUUUAUUGUGCCAUCUCAUCGUAGGAAGAUAUUUCCUGGACUGAUUCUCUCAGACAUUAAGCCUGCAAAAAGAAUGAAAUUCAAGACAGUCUGCUAUCUGCUUGUUCAGCUCAUGCACUGUCGUAAGAUGUUCAAAGCAGAGAUCCCUUUCUCCAAUGUCAUGACGUGUGAGGAUGAUGAUAAGAGGAGAGCAUUAAGGACAGCCUCUGAAAAACUCAGGAAUCGUUCCUCUUUUUCUACCAAUGUUGUAUACAACACUCCAGGAACUCGAGUAAACAGAUACAUCAGCCGCUUGAUAGAGGCCCGGCAAACUGAGUCUGAGAUGGCUGACUUGAACUUCAUUACCCUGAAGUAUAAGCAAAUUGAGCGUGAAAAUAAAUACCACCAGCUUCAAGAUGAGUACUUCACCAGUGCUGUAGUUCUCUCAUUAAUUCUAGCUGCCUUAUUUGGCCUUGUCUACCUUCUAAUAAUACCACAGAGUACCGUAGUUCUUGUUCUCCUGGUGUUCUGCAUAUGCUUCCUAGUGGCUUGUAUUAUGUAUCUACACGUCACACGAGUACAAUGUUUUCCAGGGUGCCUGACAAUACAAAUUCGUACCAUUUUGUGUAUUUUUAUUGUGAUCUUAAUAUACUCCGUGGCUCAAGGAUGUGUGGUUGGCUGCAUGCCUUGGGUUUGGAAUACCAAUUCCAGCAGCUCAAUAGUUAUAAUUUCUCCUGGUGGAACAAAUAAAACAAUGAAUGAACUUCCAUGUGACACAGCCCACUAUGCUUUCCUUUCCUGUGUAGUGGGGACUCUCACCUUGGCAAUAUUUCUACGAGUAUCUUCCUUGCCAAAAAUGAUUCUCCUGCUUUUUGUUACAAUUUUGUACAUAGUUAUUCUGGAACUCAGUGGUUACAGAAAAGCAUUGGGGGGUGGGUCCUUCUACAUGCGUGGCUAUGAACCAAUACUAGCUAUUUUGCUUUUCUCUUGUGCUUUGGCACUGCAUUCAAGACAGGUGGACUUGAAACUGCGUCUGGACUACCUCUGGGCUGUGCAAGCAGAAGAAGAGAGAGACGAUAUGGAGAGAGUCAAGCUGGAUAAUAAAAGAAUUCUCUUCAACCUGUUGCCAGCACAUGUUGCACAGCACUUUCUUAUGUCUAAUCCAAGAAAUAUGGACCUUUAUUACCAGUCAUAUUCACAAGUUGGAGUGAUGUUUGCUUCCAUCCCAAACUUCAAUGAUUUCUACAUUGAAUUGGACGGCAAUAAUAUGGGAGUGGAAUGUUUACGCCUGUUAAAUGAAAUUAUUGCUGAUUUUGAUGAGCUUAUGGACAAAGAGUAUUAUAAGGACAUAGAAAAGAUCAAGACAAUUGGAAGUACAUAUAUGGCAGCUGUGGGACUUGUACCAACUUCAGGAACUAAGGCUAAAAAAUCAAUUUAUUCCCAUCUGAGUACACUGGCAGAUUUUGCAAUAGAGAUGUUUGACGUUCUUGAUGAAAUCAACUAUCAGUCCUACAAUGAUUUUGUCCUCCGAGUUGGUAUUAAUGUUGGGCCAGUAGUAGCAGGAGUCAUUGGAGCCAGAAGACCGCAGUAUGAUAUCUGGGGGAACACUGUAAAUGUUGCCAGCCGGAUGGAUAGUACUGGAGUGCAGGGAAAAAUUCAGGUGACAGAAGAAGUUCAACGGAUAUUAAAAAGGUGCAGUUAUGAAUUUGUGUGCAGGGGUAAAGUCAGCGUAAAGGGAAAAGGCGAAAUGUUGACCUAUUUCCUGGAAGGAAAGGCUGAUGGAAAUAAUUCCCAAACACGGUCUUUAAACUUAGAGAGAAAAAUGUACCCUUAUGGGAGGGCAAACAUUCAAACAAAACUGGGCACCAGCUGUCCAUCGGUGUCCUCAGUUGCUAGCUUUACUGCAAAACCUGGGCUUGGAGCAGGUCAAGCGUCUGGCAGUCACACAAAUCAAACACUGCAUUAUCUUCCUUCUGUGCCAGCUGUGAAGGAGGCAUAGAACAAAGGAGAUUUGGUUGUGUCAUCUGCAGUGAACUUGGAGAGCAAUGGUUGACUGAAUUUUUACCAAGAGGUCAGAGGUCAUAGGCCAUGGCAUUAACCAAGGACCACUACAACCCAACCAAAGAGAACUUGGGGACUGUGUAACAAACUCUUGGGAUGGAACAUAUAAGGGCUAGCAAUUCUGUUAGGAAAAGUCAAAAUGGGAUUUUCUGGAAAUAAGGAAUAUUUUCAUGGCAUUUUUAAAAGGUAGUUGAAAAAGAUUAGAUAAAUGUGCAAGCAAUUAUUUAUGUGUGUGUGUAUAUAUAUGUUUUAAUCUAUAUAUGCACAUAUACAAACAGUUCUGUGUAGACUUAAUAGAGGUUUAUAGAGAUAAACAAAAAAUGUGUAUUUAUUUACACAUCCACCUGCAAUGACACAGUAAAGAGAUUUCUUUCUGUCAUAGCCAGCAUUGUGGGACCUGGGAUUAGGAAAGCUUCAUUUCACCAUGGAAUAUGGGGCACCUGGAGAUUCUCCAGAGCUACAGCAAGAGUUAGAGAAACUGUGCUCCCAGUGCAUGAGUUAAAGCAAUGAGAACAGUGUUUAUUGUGCUGUCAAUGGCAGGUUAAUGAAGGCUGGAUUCAGCUAAUUACUAAACCCUAUGUAAUUUUUAAAGUUCUCCUUGCAUGCUUCAAAAAUUUCCAAAAAGUUCCAAUCAAACCAUAACACUAGGAUAUGAAGUAGGUAAACCACAGAGCUUAAAGUUCAGGCAGAAGAACAAUAUAUAUUCUUUCCAUAAAACAAAAAAAAAAAAGAGUGGUAGAGUUUAGAACUUACUGCCUCUUUGUAGGUCAUUUGACUCUGUGCAAGACAGAGGAGCCACCCUGCAAGCACAGCAAUACGCUUAUGCAAUAUAGAAACAUUCCUUUAUGUACAGUGCUGAUUUUUCUGAGGAGCAGAAGGAUGGUAUUAUUUCAGGCUUUUAGAAAUAGCACAGGUCUGGCUCAGUUCCAGGAUUAGCUUUACCUUUCUAAACAGCUCAAAGAAUAGUCCUGUGCUGGUGCCAAACAUGCUGUUGCUAGCUUUGUGACAUUUGUAUGUUUGCCAACAUAAUUUUACAUCUUAACUGAUUUUUAAAUUUAUGCCACAGUUUUAUUAUAUCUUGAUUCUAUCCAGGCUCACUCUUCAAAGCUGUACAAUUAUAGAAAGCUAUAAUUCUGAGAAACAAGCACAGUCAAACUUUGCCCAAAUGAGGAGCACUCUCCUGUGCCAGGAGAGUGAGGCCUGCUCUUAGUCUGCAUAAAAGGGAACAUAUUUUGACAGCUUCUUUCUUUAAUGCAGCCCACAUCCUAUUGUCCAUGGUUUCGUCUUGAAAUGCUGAUUUGGAUAUGAAAUGUGGAGUGCAUCUCUGUACUCAAGGUGGGGGCAGUUGGUGGUCAUCCUGUUGAGUGACAUGUAGUCUAUAGACCAGUGCCAUACUGUCCUGAUGGGGAUUCACAGGUUAACUAACCUCACUGCUUUCCAAAAGAGAAGCAAAACUUUACAUUGUCUAAAAACAUGCAAAACAUCCUUUUAACCAAAAAAAACCCAAUCCCUGUUCCCCCUCCCAAAAAACUCAAGACCAAAAGCCACCACCACCACCACUAAAAUGAAAAACCCCACCCUAGACUACAGAAGUUGUCCAGAUUGUACAAUAGAAAACUUGUGUACUAGAUUUCACAUUUCCCUUUAGAGGGCCUAUUUUAUUACAGAUUUCAGUGGAAAGAAGAUUCUGAGUGAUUCUUCUGCAAUCAGCUUUUACUUUGGAACAGUCACUGUUUGUGUCAAAAGUAUAUGGACAAAUACUGUGUCAGCAGAUGCAAAUAGUUAAAUAGAUGUUAAAUGAGUUUCUGUUCUUCAUGUAGCCACAUCAGGCUACUGUGGGACUCCAGUGGUUUUCAACAGGGUUUUAAAUUAAUUUUUAUGUACCCUGUCAGCUAGGUGCUUCAUUACAAAGCUAGCAAAGUUAGUGUUGUGAUUAAAGUGACUAUAAAAACCUGAGAACUGCUCCCUAACUGUACUGUACAGGGUGUCUGCAUACUGGUUGGUCUGUAGAAAGUCACUGCAUUUCUUUAUCUCCCUAAUAGCUAUCCAGUUCACAGCUAUUCUUCUAGAAUAAUUUAUUUCUGGUUUUGAGGCAUCCAAAGCCAUUUAAAUAAAUACAUGUAGAGAAUACAGAUAUAAAAGAACAAAUAUUUACAUAAUUAAGCUGAAUAAGUGGUAUUCAUGUAAAGCACACCGCAUAUUUAUGUUGUCUAACUAGUUUGCAAGAACUAAAUUAUCAUGGAGUUAAAUAUUUAACAAAGCUGGAAAGCAUUAUAUGCAAUAGCAUUAAUCACUCAGUUCCACUCUUAAAGAUUCCACGCUACAGAAUUUUUGAAUCAGUGAGUUUGGUAUAAUUUCAGUGAUAAUAAUAGAAUGAAAGAAUCUUCAGAUUCUAGCAUCAGAUCUGGUAGUACAUGAACACGUCAAACAGAUACACUCAUUGACUGACCCAAAAGUUUGCAAUGAAAUUAUUUAUUUGUUAUUAUUUUUAUUAGGCCCACGAAAUAGGCAUCUUGCCAUUGCUUCUUUGAUCCCUAAAUGGACAGCGAGCAGAAACAGAUCCCCUCUGUUAAUACUUUUGUGACUGCUCUCAUUCACAGACCCAUUCCCAGCGUGCUAAUGUCACUGGAAGAUCAUGUAGCAACGUAAAUUUGGAUUAUUUAUUUUAAAAGAUUAGCAGGUGUUAGUAGAAAAGGUCCGAAGAUUUUCUAAGCCAGAUCCUCCUUUCCAACAGCCAAAUGAGGCAUGUGACUUUUGUAAGAGUGUUUUCCAUGUCAAAUGGAAAGGACCAGACAGGCACAGUCCAUCAUCAGCUUCUCAUUUGGCACUUUUGCAGGAGGUUUGUGCCUCCCAGAGCAGGUUGAGUGGACCAGGAUGGCUUCUUGGUAGUGCAGGCAAGCUAGUGCACAUGUGCUAGCUUACAGCAUCAAUUAUGGUGUAUUUGGAGUCAAUUUCCAGACUUUUGAGUCAUAGAAUCAUGGAAUGGUUUGAGUUGGAAGGGUCCUUAAGGAGCAUUUAGUUCCAAUUCCACUGCCAUCGGCAGGAACACCUUCCAAUAGACCAGGUUAACACUAUUCUCAUUAAGUUCAUCAUCAUUAACAUCAUUAUCCUGUCAUUAAUGUUUUUCAUAUUUUUGUUAUGGUUGUUGCUGGUUUUACUGUGGGGAAAACUGUAUAUUACUAUGUAGUCCUCAACUGACCAGUACAAAGUCAUGAAAAAAGUUCAGCCAAGACACAAAUCAGUAAAAAAUCAUGUGAAAUUGAUAGGCAGUAUUCAGCAGCCAUUUCAACAGGGAAAACUAAAUGCCCAUUGAAAUCAUGAUAUGGUGCAGCUGUGCUUUUACCUUUAUGCUUUCCCUCCCUAUUUAUAUAAUUUUCCCCAUUUUCCUCUUCUUUGUAAAUUUGUUUAAGUCCAGCUUUUGUGGGACAGCUUUAAAUAGCAUAUUUAAUCUCUCUGCUCUUCUGCAUUCUUUGACAUGUCAGUAGGUUUCAUGUGUGGAAAGAGGGGGAAAUAUAUAUGGAAGUAAUAUUUACGAAAACCUCACAAAUGCACAUUUUCUGCCAAAUUAGAGAAGCUAUCUGAGGAUAGUAACUUGUCACAUUGUGGGCAGAAUAGUCUGUACUUCUGUUCACUGUUUUGUGCAGCAGGUAGCUUGAAACAAUUAACAAAUAUAAGCCCUACAACAAAGUGAUGCCAUUUUGGCAUGUCAAUGUCUAUCAACAGCAAGCACAAUAUUUCACAUAAAUUUGCACAUUUUCUCUUUCAGAUAAGAGUAAUAAUUGAAGUCUUUCAUUCUUUAUAUAAGGAUAUAAGCGUCAGAGAUCUUUAGCCUUGGGAGUUAAUUUCUAAGUGUUCCUAUACUACCUUUAUCUUCAAAUGAUUUUUUAAUUAUUAUUCUCUGCUGAAAUUGCAGACUGGUUGAAUUACUGGCUAGAUAUUUCCAAACGUAUUCCAUUUACAUUGACUAGAAAGCUAUUUUAUCCAGCCUGUAAAAUGCGUAGGUUUUUGUAGCUGCUUCCCAUUGUGGUAAGUCACACACCCUUAUCUUCACCAAAACACAUGUGAAUGCUCCCUUGCUUUCUCUAGGUGAGACCAAGAGACAAAAGCUUCAACUUGUUAGGGCUGGAUCUGCAUCCCCUAUGUACCCACAAGGCCUGCAGCAAUCACCAGGAGUUUAGCAUGCUUGUGAAGGUCAGGAGCUGAGCUUCUAUAGGCCAAGUUCUUCUUUGGGUUAUAAUGAUGUCUCAUGUCAGUACUGAACUGAACAUUUUAAAACACUGUAACCAAGAGUAGGUCAUGCACCUAAAUCUCUUUCACGCUUUUGCCUGUAAUUUAUCUGUAGGGCAAAAUAAAGUACUUGGGAGUCACUGUUUUAAGGGAAACCUGUGCCAUUUCAGUGCUUUGAGGAGUCUGAAAACAUUAGUAAGUAGCAUGAGUCAUUUUCAUUGGAUUCCUGCUUGUAGCAGAAACAAUGCAUUUUCUUUACAUCAGCAAGUCCAGAUUCUGUAUGUGUUCUGCCCAGGCAGGAGGACUAUUUAGCCAUAAUGUUCUUUCAAGUUAACAGUUUUGUAUUACAGUGAAAAUCAACAUUUUUUAAUUUGUGAUAAACCUGUAUUAUAAUGCCUUAUUUAUUUUUAAUCUUGUACAGUGUUACAAAACAACAGAAAACAUAGGCCUUUCAUGUAUUAUUCACUUUAAAAGAUGUAUUGUACUAUGAAAUUUUGUAAAUAGUUUUAGCUUGGACAGGUAAUUGCAUGUACACUUGUAUAAAAAGAGGCAAAAAGGCACACUUUUAACAAAAAUUAAUGACUUUUGUAAGAGACAUUUUACAUGUGCAUGGAGAUUAUAUAUCCUUUGAAAAUGGACGUCCUUUUGGUUUUCCUUGCAAUCUACUGCAUGCCAUUCAUGCCUGACUUCAGUAAAACAAAACGAACUAGCAAGUUUUCCUAAAUGUUUUUAACAUAUCACUUCUGGCACAGUUAAUCCACUAGUUGCAUGUGCAUUCAGCAAAUCAAAAUGCAAACAGCAAAUAAAGAAGAAAAAUAACUUAGUGAUUGUGAUCUGCCAACCUCAGUGUUCCAAGGUCCAUAAAACGGUAUAUAAAAAGUGUUAUCAACAUCUAAGAUGUCUUCAUAAGGUACCUUCUGGUCACUAGAAGCAAUAAACUACUUACUGUAAUAUAAAAAGCAAACAGAUAUUCUAGUUCAUAAUGGUAUAAUAUCUCACAUUCAAUAGGUAUUCUCUGAUACUGCAUUUUUUGUAGUAUUUUCAUCACGAAGGACCAAGUAUCAAAUCUGUCCUUGCUGUAUGCAGGUGCAACACUAUGGAAGGUAGGGGAGGUGAAUUUGGCCCAUUGAUGUUACCCAGAGUAUUCUUCUAAUGUGGUAAUAAGUUAUUGUAUGUGAAAAAUACAUCAUGCAAACAGAUUGUUUUCCUGGAUACAUACAUACAUAUAUAUAUAUAUAUAUAUAUAUAUAUAUAUAUAUGUAUGUAUAUUUUUAUAUAUAUAAAUUAAUUUUGUUGCCUUAUUUCUGUUAGCUUUUUUGACUCAUUUUCCAGAUAGUUUCUAUUGCUAAGCAGAAAGUAUUUAACGAAACUACUAGGAUUCAUUGAAUUUAUCUGUCUUGGAGUAAUCUGGAUUCUGUGCUGAUGCCAUGCUUACAGUGAUGCUUCCCUUAGGCAUCACAGCCUAACCCUCAACUUGAGGCCUGUGUCAGCUAGUGACAUAGGAAUAAGAAAUCAGUAUCCAAUCCUCUAUCUGAUUUUUUCCAUAAUGCUGCUAAACAAAACUUUAAAUUCUGGAGGUAUUUUUCAUGCCUCAUUUUUACAGUUGUCAUAUCUGUUUCACUACAACUCAGGAUUACUUCUCAAAUUACUUAUAUAAUUGCUGUAUUAUAAAUGAGGAGUGUUGGAGGAGCAUAACACUGAUUCUGGUAGCAAAGGAGAAAGGUCAUGGAGUAUGAAUACUUUCUGCUUUGGAUAAGGACUUCUUGUAUUUUACAAUUUGAACUAGUUUUAUAAUAAGACUCAGAAAUCUGUUAAUUUGUUUGUUUAAUCAGGUGACUGUAGGGUUAAUUAAGCAGUACAGCUUCUGCAAGUACUUUUGUCAUCCUAAAUUAAGAUGUAUAUUCAUAUAAUAUAUCCCUGUUGCCUGCAUACAAGAAUCACUACCUUGUGCUGAUGAUUUGCUUCAUUGCAGUAGUUAAUGGCUUCCAACAGUCAUAAACUAACUUCUCUCAAAUUCAGUGGGUUUUACAUCUCACUGUAGCAUAAUUGUUGUGAAUAAUGACAAUCUGGACACUGCUUCUCUACCCUAACCCUGCUUAUGAUUGGCUUUUUCCAGAACUCUGUGUAGACUAUUUUUAGCUCUCUGUUACUUUUAAUCCCAACUCUCACUGAAUUUUCAGGCCAAAUCUAAAUCAUUAAUAAAUACAUUAAUGUAAAUAAGUAUAAAAAGUACAUAAAAGGGAGGGGCUGUUGUUGCUCUUUAAUUACUUGUUAAAAUAUCACUCUGCUUAGGUGGCCUGAUGUGACUCACAAUCUGAUAGGUGCAAGGACAAAAACAAGGAAAGAAGAAAAAAAAGAAGGACAAAGUUAGCAAGAGUACAAAAUAACAAAAAAGGAAGCCUGUGAGAUAGUGGUUACUGAAAGAAAAAUGUGAAAGGCCAUUAGUCCUUUGGAAGUCAGUGGUAAAACAUGGGAUAGGUCUGGAGUAUCUGAACUGGCAGAGUACUCAGCGGGAUUCGUAUUACAACAAAAGUAAGGCUUUAAUACCUGUUUUCAGAUCAUGAGGAAGCACUUUGAAAUUUGAAUUAGUAUUGGUUAACAUACAUAACAUAUGUGCUGAAAUGACUUGGUUUUGCUUGUGCCUUACUGCAUCCUAGAGGAUCUGUUUCUUUACAUUAGGAUCCCCUUUUUAUGCCUUCAGUGGCAUCAGAUAUGUCACACCUGCAUAAAACUGAAGGAAGAAACAGUGCUGCAUCACUGUGAAGCUUUUUUACUAAUUUGUUUCCUACUUUGGUUUACUAUGUACACACCUAUGUAAAUGCAAGGAGUGCUCCAAUUAUUUGUGGAGGUUGGCCAUGCACAGGUAUAUGUGGGUCCAAGCUAAAGAAGGGUAGAUUUCCUAGAAAGCUCAGCAAACACAGUAAGCCCAAUUGUGUAGAAAAUCUGUCAAGAUAGUUUGGAGUUCCUUUGAAAAAGUUGGCUGCCCUCCUCUUUAGACAGGCUUAUAUGCAACAUGUUGACUAAAAACAUCCAGGACUGUCACAUUUGCUAGAUGUAGGUUAGCCUGCUGGUAGUAAAACAGCUAUCAGUUCUUGUUGUGGGCUAAAGUGGGCUUUAAUUACUGUGGUUAUGCACACUAUCGUGUCUUACUUUCAAGUGCCUGACCUUCUGAUUUAAUCCUAGACCUGUCAAUAGUGGUAUCAGUUAUGAAAAAUUUCAGCUGUCACAUCAAAUUUGCUUAGGUGAUUUCUCACGUCUUUUGCUCCUUAGUGCACAUGGGUGCAAAGGUUUUCUGUUCUUAGACUUCAAAUGCCAUUCAGGCAAUAUAUCAAUUUUCAAUGAAAUGUAGAUGAAAAUUAAUUACCUGGGCAUCACCAAAUUGCUUCGUGAUAAUCAUAUUUUUAAUUGCUGCAGUAGAAAUCCUUCCUUGCUUGGAAUUCCUGCUUUUUUGUAGUAACAUUACUGGGGUUCAAUUAGGAAAAAAAAA